AGGCGCGGCUGGGCAGCCGCGGAGGGGGCCUGAGGCGGCGGUGAGGCGGUGCAGCCGGUCGGGCGGCCGUUGGCCGGGGAGUCCGGGUCCAGGGGCGGGUGAGCGGCUGGCGCUGCCGAGAUGCCGCUCUUCGCCCCCAACCCCUUCGAGCAGGACGUGGAAAAAGCUACAAAUGAAUAUAACACCAGCGAGGACUGGGGUCUUAUUAUGGACAUAUGUGACAAAGUUGGAAGUACUCCUAAUGGAGCAAAAGAUUGCCUUAAAGCCAUCAUGAAGAGAGUAAACCAUAAAGUUCCCCACGUGGCUCUGCAAGCACUUACACUUUUAGGAGCCUGCGUAUCAAACUGUGGAAGAAUAUUUCACUUAGAAGUAUGUUCUCGUGAUUUUGCGAGUGAAGCUCGAGCUAUAAUAAAUAAGGCUCAUCCAAAAGUGUCCGAAAAGCUCAAAACUCUAAUGGUGGAAUGGUCAGAAGAAUUUCAGAAAGACCCGCAGUGUAGUUUAAUAUCCGCAACUAUUAAAUCUUUAAAAGAAGAAGGCGUCACUUUUCCUGCAGCUGGAUCGCAGGCUACCACAAAUACUGCUAAGAAUGGGUCAUCAUUAAGUAAGAACAAAGAAGAUGAGGAUAUAGCUAAAGCUAUCGAAUUAUCUUUGCAAGAGCAGAAGCAGCAACAAAUGGAAACUAAAUCCUUGUACCCAUCUGCAGAAAUUCAGCAAAGCAAUCAGAACUCGAGGAAGGUGCGAGCUCUGUAUGACUUUGAAGCUGUCGAGGACAAUGAGCUCACCUUUAAAAGUGGAGAAAUUAUUUUUGUUUUGGAUGACAGUGAUGCCAAUUGGUGGAAAGGUGAAAACCAUAGAGGAGUGGGGCUGUUUCCAUCAAACUUUGUGACUUCUGACUUAACUGUGGAACCCGAGGCAGCAACUGUGGAUAAAAAUUCUGUUCCUGAGGAUGCUACAGAAGAAAUCAAGAAAGCGGAACCUGAGCCAGUUUAUAUAGAUGAGGAUAAGAUGGAUAAAACACUGCAGGUACUUCAGAGUAUAGAUCCUACAGAUUUAAAGCUGGAUUCUCCAGACCUUCUAGACUCAGAAGAUAUUUGUCAGCAGAUGGGUCCAAUGAUAGAUGAAAAACUAGAAGAGAUAGAUAGAAAACAUUCAGAAUUAUCUGAAUUGAAUGUGAAAGUUCUAGAAGCUCUGGAGCUCUAUAACAAACUGAUGAAUGAGACGCCGAUGUAUUCAGCCUACUCCAAACUCCACCACCCUGCGCAGUACCCACCUACAUCUUCUGGUGUUUCGGUGCAGUCAUACCCUGUACAGCCGCCUAGUGGGAACUACCUGGUGCAGGGAGUUCAGCAGGUCACCGUUUCUCCGGGUUACGGCCUCGCGCCGGAGCAGAUGGGGCAGCUCAGGCCUCUGCCGCAGACUCUCAGUUCUUCGGGAGCAGCUCAGCAGGCUCAAGCUGCCUAUUUAAGCCCGGGACCGGACUCGGUGUUAAACCAGCCGUACGUGAGCCAGAGCGCUGCCCUCCCGUCGGCCUACGGCCAGCAGCACGUGGGGGUGUCGCUGGAUGCCUCGGCUUUCCAGAACAACACGGCGAGUUUGCCUCAAGGACCGGGCUAUCCCGUGGCCGUUCCUGCUCAUUCCGUUCUACAGCAACAAACAAAUUACCACCAACAGCCUCUCCUCUAAAAACAAACCAGCUCGUAGUUCGGAAGUAAUGAGUAAAGGUUGCCUGACCUAGCGAUUUCUGUGAAUACCUGUCACAGAUAUCGCGGCAUUAGGGCGAUGCAGAGUAAGAACGUGCAUUGGAUCUGAUUGUUCAGCAUUUGCGUAAAGAUAGUUUGAACUAGAUUAGCUGGGGGUUUCAAAUCAUUUCGGAUUACUUUGGGCCCUGAUUUCAGUGCUUUCGAGAAACGCCACUUGUGAAUCUUAAGUUAAAAGAUUGUCCAAAAAUCAUUUUCUUUUCAAUGUGUUGCUGAAAAUUGAGGAUGCUUAAUUGCUGCUGUGUGUCGCUCUCGUUACGCAUUGCCUCCUCCGGUGUCGUGCUAGAAUCCUUCUGUCCAGCUGGCUUUGGAGAACCCCGCUGCCGCAGACACCUCCGGCUCUGCAGCACCGCACGGGAGAGCGGCAAGAGGAAACCGACUGAUACCGUGACAGCAAGGGCCACGUACCUGCAGAAACAGGAGAAAUGAGAUCUUCACGGUGCUGCCUGUUGGUGUUUUUGAAGUUGUGGAGACCUCCUGAUGUCUCUCUGGAAGAAAGAGGUGUCGUCGUGCUGAAACUCGCCUGCGUCUUUGUGCAGAGCUGGAGCUGCCGGGGUGAGCAGGCGGGGGUGCGCCCGCUGACGCCGGGCACGCUGCGUACCCAGCCAGAAACCUCCACAGAAUCUAUUCUUUCCCUUUUCGGCUGGAUUUAGAAGUGAAGGAGUGAAUGGUAGUUCCUUCUGGGAAAGGAGAGGGGAUCAGCAACGUUUGGAGCUUCUUAAGACUGUGAGAAUCUUCCUCGUUCGCUCUCCAGCGGGGAGCGAGCGGCACAGGAAUCCUCUGUGUGGGACCAGGGGCUCUUGCCUCUCUUGGAUUUCCUUUCGCUGCCACCACUUCUGUGUGUCAAUAAACGCCGAGUCCAGCCGGAGAAGCCCGUUUGGAACGUGAGCGUUGGAUGUGCUGUGCGUGCAGGCGGAGCUCACGCCUCGGGGGGUCUGUGCGCCUCAGGCAGGACACGGAGCGCUGGCGCACUGGAAAUGCCAGACGUGUCUGGAGAGAAGGAGUUGCCUCGGAACUGUGGAAACGCAGCAUUUGGUGGCUGGGAAAAGAAAUCGAAGAACUUCUUCCCUGAAAUUCCCUGUAUUUUCUUCCCUGAUGCACUUUUUGAAAUGGCUGGGCUUUGUGGAGACGAGCCGAUGAGCUGAGUUACCUUCCAGGAAUGUGGGGUGUCUUUCUUUUAUGGUUUCAUCGCUAUUUACCUACUCACUUUAGCAUAGUCAUUUAUACCUAUUUUAAGAAUUUUAUGAUGAGUGAUCAUCUUCAAAUUGGGAAAUAAUGGAAGCAACUCACUGAAGAAAAAAAAAAAGAUGAAUGCAUGAAACUCCCAAAUGUCUAAAUAAAUAUGUUGGGUGUAUGCAUUUUCUGCCAAAUGAGACCUAUCACAUUAUAGACUGUUGAGUAAUGAAACGGCCGUUCACUCAGCACCACCUCCAUUCAGUGAUUUAAUAUCAUGACCUUAUUCGUUUGCAGCCUCAUGCUUAUGCAAUAAGGCUUUCAGUACCUGUUCUUUAAGCCUGGUUUUAAAUUUUAAUCCGUGCAGUUGGAAGGAAGCUUUUGUCUUUCCUUUCCACAUGACUUUAGUUUCUCUUUAUCCUUCCCCUGAAGCAGUUUAGUGUAAAGAGCACAUGUUGCAAUACCAAAGUAUUUUGAUAACUUGUGUUCUAUAAGAAGAAUAAUCAAUUUCAGUGCUGCUGUUCAAAAUUCUUAUUGUCUGGAGACGUUGUGGGGCAGCCCCGUUGCUGCAGGUGGUGUGUAGUCAAACUAAACCUUGCUGUCGUUUAUCUGCGUUCUCCCCGUCCCUUAGUAAACGGAGAUUAAAGUUGGUAUUUUGAUUGGAUUCGAAACUUUGGUCCAGCAGAAAUAUUGAGUAUCCUGAACUGAGCUGGCUAGGCAGAUGUGAUUUGAUUCCGUUCAGUUCAUUCUUAAUAUAAAUAAUGUAUAUACUCAUGCGUCUGAGAUUUUUCUACACAGCUACAUAUACGCCUCCUGUUAACGCCUGAAAUUUUAUAAAAGCAGGACUUGUCCUUCUCUCAUCUCUUGUAUUCCUAAUUCUGUGAUAUGCAACUUGUAGAUAGUGUAAAAUAAUUUAAUUAUUAUUAAAAUAGUGUAUUUAGAGGGUUUUGGUGUUAAUAGGAUCUGGUUUUUUCUCUUCAUACUUGUAUACAUGAUCAUAUUUAUUUUUAAGGCCUGACUGUAACUGACCAUGCUGCCAAAGGCUUUCUCUGACUCCAGAUUUCUACGUUGGGUUUCUACCCACUGUUUUGUAUCAGGAAUCGCCGGUAGAUAACUUCUGCUGUUUCAUAAAACUCCGAAGGGUUAACAUAGAGAUUUGUGCAACUUUAUAAUGAGAAUUUUAUUGUGAUAUAUUUGUUCCAUCACUACUAGAUCUAUUUUCUUCUCGUAUGAGGUGGCAACAUCCAGGUUCUAAUGCGCUGGAAGCACCGAUUGUCUGGAAAUCCCCGCGCAGCCGCGUCCUGGGGACUCAGGUUUCCUCGGGCUCUGUGACACACACAUCGUCUCUUCCAUUUGGGACAGAAAUUACCACGUUCCAACAAAUCGGGCUGUUUCUGUAACAAGAAAACCUUCGAAGGAAUGUUCUGUUUGUUUGGCACUGGGGUUUGUGCGCGGGUGUUGGUGCGGGACGGUGAUUCCCAGGCCGCCCCUGGAGCGGGGCUGAGCCGCAAUCUCUGCCAGGAGUUACUUUCUGAUAGGAAUUCUUGUUCUUAUUUUUAUCUAUGCAUCUUUUUCUAAGAAGUAAUAGGCACUACUCUUGCUUACAUCGAACACUGUGAUGUACCUGUCGAAUGAAUAAACAGCAUUUUAGAAUUCA